AGGAGAUAUGCUCCUGAUCGUGGAGGAAUGCUCGGGAAAUCUUCAUCUGGAUUUGGUUCAGAAAGGUAAUCGUCUCAGGCCGACUAAGGUUUGUUUAAGGAAACACUAAUCUUGCUGUGUUGUAUACUAGAAUCUUCAACUCCAGCAGCUCUUCCCCUAGGACCUACUUUAGACGCGCAGGCAAUCGAUGAGCUGGCUCUGAUCCCAACUCAGUCCCAGACCCCGUCUCGGCACGCUUUAGAUAACGCUUCCUCCGCAGCUAAUAGUGGCCAACCUGUCAUCUUUGUCAAAACGGUGAUGCUCAAGAUUCGCGUGUCCUCAAAACACUUGACCCUUGCAUCUUCCUACUUCCGCCAGAGGCUAGUCCCAGAGACGGCCGAUCACAGGCCAGUCGAAAAAGAUGUGGUCCCAGCAUGCGUUGAAGAUGUCGAUGCCUUGCUUAUCAUGCUGGACAUCAUCCAUGGUCAAACCAGGAAAGUGCCGCGUUUAAUUAGCUUCAAAAAGUUGUUCAUGAUUGCGGUGCUUGUGGAGCACUAUGAAUGCGUCGAAGCAAUGGAAGCGUUUGCUGAAGUGUGGACCGAGAACCUCAAGGGCGAAAUCCCUCUAGUGUAUUCAGAGGACUUGGUCAAGUGGAUCGGUAUUGCUUGGAUCUUUCGACUGGAGAGUCUGUUCCAAAAGACUACUCGUACUGCAAUCCGCAGAUGCACCGGGCCAAUCUCCGCCAUGGACGUUCCAAUUCCGCUUGCGUUAAUCGGUGAGUGGUUAUCAUAUACCCCCUUGUCUAAUGUCCAUUUAGUGCCAUCGAUAGAUGCUAAUGAUAUUGCUGAACCAGAGGAGAUCGAGUAUUCCCGGCAGAGCACCGUCGAUGAUAUAGUCGACCGCCUUUUCAGGCGAAUCAACUGGGAGCUAAUGCCCGACACCAACCUCUAUUGCUGCGGCGACUGUGACGCAAUGAUCCUCGGAGCCCUCGUGCGCCAGCUGAAGAUUCAUGAGCUCUACCCACUGCCAUUGCCUCCUUUCCGAGGGAUCAGUGUAGAUUUCUUGCUGCAAACAUUGACCACAUUGCCCGAGCCCCGUUGCUAUGAGCUGGUUCAUUCUAUCUGCGGGAAGUUGUCCAAGUGUCACCUUAUGCCGAAGGCGAAGGACUUGGUGGAGAAAGUGGACAAAGAGGUAACAGGUCUAGUGCUCAGAAACGCUCACUUCUGACCGGCAUACAGCCAGCCCAUGACGUGAGAUCCUUUCUAUCUGUGGGUCGUGGAGGCAGGGCCCAAGGUACGGGAGGAAAACUUUUGAUAAAUCAUUGGUAGUAGAGAGGGUUAGGAUUUGGUCUGAGAAGACGACAUGUCUAUCAUAGGGCAUUUGGGAUGGUAUGGAUCUUCACGAUCGGUUAAUACUGGAAUUACUGGUUUAUGAUGUUACCCUUGCAUGUUGAAUAGCUAGUUGGCC